AUGAGUCACCAUCCAAAGAAAAAAGUGGUCAUUGUAGGAGGUGGAUAUUCAGGUGUAUAUCUUGCAAAAUCAAUUGAUGAUAGAUUCGAUGUAACAUUGGUUGAGAGAAAGCAAUUGUUUUUCCAUAAUAUCACUGCGUUGAGAUUGGUGGUGCAACCGGAUCUGUGUGAAAAAGUAUUUAUACCAAUGAACAAUUUGCUAAAGAAUGGAAGAAUCAUACACAAGUUGGCAGUUGAAAUCACACCAAAGAUGGUGGUGCUCGACGAUGGCGAUGUUUUGACAUUUGAUUAUCUGGUGAUUGCCACCGGCUCCAACAAUAUGACUCCGUACAAAUCACCGACCGACACCAGCAACCUCUAUCCCUACUAUCAGCGUCUACAAGAGACCGUAAAGAAGGCGCGCUCCGUCGCCAUCAUCGGUGGCUCGACUAUCGGUGUCGAACUGGCCGGUGAAAUCGCGUGUGAAUAUCCAAACAAACCGGUGACACUGGUGCAACACAUUGGACGUCUCUGUUCGCACCGUCUCGGUGACAAAUUCUCUGAUAAACUCAUCAAGAAGAUGACCAAGAUGGGCAUCAAAGUGAUGAUGAAUACCGUGGUGGACAUUCCGCCCGAAGCCGUUUCCAACCGUAACAACAUGGCUGUGGUCGAAUACGAACUGAAGGAGCAAGUGCUGCUCACUGACAAGAACGAGAAGAUCGAAGCCGACCUUGUUUUCUGGUGUCUUGGAAACCGUCCAAACAGCGAGGCGUUGCGCGCGCACUUUGGUGGAUCGAUAGACCACAUGGGUCACCUGAAAGUGAACGAAUCGAUGCAAGUCGAAGGCCACGAAAAUAACUAUGAGAAAUAUUAA